AUCGCCCAUCUGUACGAGACGAUGGCGGCCGGUUCGGUGUGUUGCGGCUGUAGUGGUUACGACGAGAUCGUUCGGCGUUCGGCCUUUGGCGGGAUGCCAAAACAAAACUGGUUUCCUCCAGCGAAGUUAGAACCAGUCGUAGUGCAGCCGUAGUCGACGUUGGUAUUCGGUUGGUCGCUCCCGCGAGAGUGUUCCCUGGUUGUGGCAAUAAAACAUGUGAAAAGUGUGUGAACUCAUAACAUAAACAUUCGUUUCGGGUAGGAGAUUGGCUUGAAUGACGUCGGCAUCUGCGCUUCGCUCGGUAGAACCACCACCAGAACCAGCGUGAACAUAAUUGUUGUUGGUAGAAAGUGCUGUAUUGGGGUCGCACGGUAGAACUGCUGAGCUGCAUUUCAUGUGUUGCUGCAGCGAGAGAAAGUGCAUCCUGGUUUGGCCGGCAGCGGCGGCGACGACGGCUUAAAUCGAUGCGCAAUCAUCAUCAUCAGCGUUGAAAAAACUCAACCUGGUAUAAUAGGCAUCGGAGAACUUUACGCAUGGAUAAGCAGGAGUAGCAACGGCAACAGCAACAGCGAAGUCAACGAAAGGCAAACAACAGCGAAGUCAACGAAAGGCAAACAACAGCUGAUAUUGUACUAGGCCAGGCAGAAUGGCAACGUGUGAAUAUCUCAAUGAAAUGGAAGAAACAUAGCCGCAGUCUGUUUGGUGCUGCCGAAGUGUGAAAGUGCCAGCCAGAGACAGUUGUGUCUGCUCUGCUGGUGGUGAAAAGUGCACGGUUUGUGAUAAGAAGAAUUACAGUUGAAUAUAGCAGUUGUAUCUGCAGCAACGUUAGUGUCAUCCGUACUUGGAAGCUGUGUCUGUCCGCGAGUGUGUUUCUUUGGGAGAAUUUGUUCAUGUACCAUAUUCAGUAAUAGUGUGCUAAAGAUACGGAUGAAUAAUAUCCUUGUGAGUCGUUAGAGAAGAACCAGUUUCGUCGUGAGUUGCUGUACAAUGCGAAGCGAUUGUUGGGCGUAGAAUUGGAGUGAAGUUUUGUGCGUGAAAUAUCGAACCUCUACGCACCGUUGGACGAACAGAUCACUCGUACAUUGCUGCAUCAGAGCAAUACUGAGCUGCUGCUGCCGGCGGACAAGUGAUCCGCAACGGCGACGUCAGGUCUGAUCAUCUUCAACGAGCCGUAUCGGAAAAGUCAGUCGUUAGCUUAUAUGUAGAAUCACACCGCACAUGGUUCGCCUAGAUGCGUGGUUUGCGUUGAACACAGUUUAGUGCAGUGCGAUAGGGAUCAGACGGCGACGCGCGACCACCACGACCGACCUUCCCGGGCUUCUUUCUCGCAAACCCAAAGGGACGCGCACAGAAUGCCAUUAAUCAAGUUGAUUAUUAUUAUGAAUGUAAUUAAGUGGAAAAUGUGUGCAAACGAAGAGGAAAUAUUUUAAUAGCGCGCACGUUCGCGAGUUCGAGCUUGAGUGGGGACCGGCUAAGUGCCAUCAAGAGUCGCCCGCCAAGGAAGAGUGACUAGUGUUCUGGGUUUUGUGAUUUUUCGUUUUGGUCCUGAUUCGGUGGAGUGACUGUGAUAUUUUUAGGCAGAGGCCCGAUGUGUGGCCCAAGGCGCGAAACGAUGGCGCUUCGUUGGCUCGAGCUGUGUUUUAAAUAUAGAUUAGUGUUGCUGGGGUUUUUCGUUGUGAUUUAUUGUGUAAGCAAAGCUGCCGGAAGUCCUGGAGGUGAUGGAUCUUCGGGGUCUUCGCUGUCGCAGCACGGUGACUACAACUCCGGUGGUGGCUAUUAUCAGCACAGUCCUUAUCAGCAGCGAAGGCGUCAUCACUACCGGGACGGCCACCAUCGGAGGUCAUCCUAUCGUAGAGUUCGCGCUCCUCACGACGGCCGUGGACGAGUGAAGAAGAGCGGCGUCGGAGUUGUCGAGGGGAUCCUCGCUCAGGACUCCCCCAUCAACGACAUCAUCCGGCAAGCGCGAGAACGGAAGCCCAACAUCAUUCUCAUACUGACGGACGAUCAGGACGUUGAACUUGGGUCGCUGAACUUCAUGCCCCGAACUCUGCGGCUUCUUCGCGAAGGCGGCGCCGAGUUCCGUCAUGCUUACACGACCACCCCAAUGUGCUGCCCGGCGCGAUCGUCAAUCCUAACCGGAAUGUACGUGCACAACCACAACGUGUUCACCAACAAUGACAACUGCUCCAGCACCACCUGGCAGACCACCCACGAGACCCGAUCGUUCGCGACCUACCUGUCGAACGCGGGCUACCGAACGGGUUAUUUCGGCAAGUAUCUCAACAAGUACAACGGCUCGUACAUUCCGCCGGGAUGGCGCGAGUGGGGUGGCCUUAUUAUGAACUCCAAGUACUACAACUACAGCAUCAACAUGAACGGGCAGAAGAUCAAGCACGGGUUCGACUACGGCAAGGAUUACUAUCCGGAUCUGAUCGCCAAUGAUUCGAUUGCCUUUCUGAGGCAGAGCAAGCAUCAGAACCAUCGGAAGCCGGUGUUGCUGACGAUGAGUUUCCCGGCGCCGCAUGGACCGGAAGACUCCGCGCCGCAGUAUAGUCACCUGUUCUUCAACGUCACGACGCAUCACACGCCCGCCUACGAUCUGGCCCCGAAUCCGGACAAGCAGUGGAUCCUCCGGGUGACGCAACCGAUGGAGCCGAUCCACCGUAAGUUCACCGACCUGCUGAUGACCAAGCGACUCCAGACGCUCCAAUCGGUGGACGUGGCCGUGGAGCGGGUCUACCAGGAGCUGAAAGCCCUUGGCGAGCUGGACAACACCUACAUCAUCUACACGUCGGACCACGGGUACCACCUGGGGCAGUUCGGGCUGAUCAAAGGCAAGAGCUUCCCGUUCGAGUUUGACGUGCGGGUUCCGUUCCUGAUGCGGGGACCGGGAAUCGAACCGGCCAGUGUGGUCGACGAGAUCGUUCUGAACGUGGACUUGGCACCGACGUUCCUGGAUAUUGGAGGGGUUGCGCCACCGCCGCACAUGGACGGCAAGAGCUUCCUGCCGCUGAUUCUGAACCGACAUCGGAACGCCAUCGACAAGUGGCCGGAUACGUUCUUGAUCGAGAGCUCCGGCCGGAGGGAGACCCCGGAGCAGAUGCAGGAGCAACGGAUGAGGGCGGCCGCCGCAAGGUACAGUGCCCGGAUGAAUGCGGCCAACUCCACGGCGAUGAAGGUCGAUCAGGUGGAACAGCGGCCGCCGAGUGAGGUCGUGGCUCCGUUGGAGGACGACAUGGUGACCGAGAGCGAGAGGAAGGAAGAGGACGUGACCAUGGACUUUGGAUCACACGAACACGAUGACGAUGACGACGAGGUUGAGGAGGAUCAUGAAGAUGACGAUCAUCCGAUUGGAGAUACAGACACGGAGAUGGCUGAAACUCGCCAAGAUCAGGAAGACUACGUCAUCGACCAUCAAGAAGCUCAGCAUUUCGUAGUCAAUGAGGCUCAUCACGAUCCGCUGGACAACCACCUGCCCAUGACCCCGUUCCGCUCGAAGAUGGAACGCCUGAACAACGAGUGCUCGAACCCAACCCUACAGCAGAACUGCGUCCCGGGUCAGAAGUGGCGUUGCAUCAACGAGGACGGCCGCUGGCGGCGUCACAAAUGCAAGUUCCACCUGCAGCUGCAGAACCACCUGGCCGAGAUCAACAAGCUGUCUAGUCAGAACAAGCGCAACUGCGCCUGCUUCACGCCGGAUGGGCUGAUCUACACCAAGAUCAAGUCCAAGAGGGACUACAAGCAUCACAUGCUGGCGAUGGGAGGACGAGGGGGAGGUCAUAGGGGUCGCCGACAGAGACGGGAGGUGGGAGAUGGGGAAGUGUUCUUGGAGGGGGGUUGGGAUAUGGUGGGUUUGGUGAGGGUGGCGAGGUCAGUGGUAGAAUUGGAGGAGGAACUGGUAUCUAGUCAAAGCGGGGGGAGGUCCAAGCGGGAGACGAACGGAGGUGGUCAGGUCGAAAGUGUGAUUCAUGAGUUGCAGAGUACGCUGAAGGAGAUCGAGCGGAACUUUGAGCAGAACUCGGUGCUUAAGAGGCAGAAUUCUACGGCGGGUGAGGAUUAUGGGCCCAGUGGAACCAAGUGUUUUGUUACAGCGGUGGGAAGGGUGAACUGUUCGAAUGUGAUCUACGAAGAUGAGACGAGCUGGAAGCGAAGCAGGAUGCAGAUCGACAUGCUGAUCAAGGUGUUGAAAACGAAGAUCAACGAUUUGAAAGAUAUAAAGCGGAAUUUGAAGGAGCACAGGCCGUCGAGUGUUCGAGAUGAUGACGAAGAGGAGGAAGAGGACAGUCAAAGCGGAUCAUUUGAGCAGGAUUAUGAGGUCAAAACUACGACUAGUACUACGACUACGACAACUAGUACGACGACGUUGAGUCCCUUCCUGGAGCAGGUGUUCAACAGGAGAGAAAAUUACAAUAGAACAGGGUUAGGUAAGCGCCCGAAAAACAAUGGAGGAUUCAGACAAAGACGUCCAAAACCGACCAAAGCAGAAGAAGAGGAAGGAACACUCAUUGACAUGAGCUUGUUUGAAACGGCUGGCAACAACGAAGAGGUUCCUUCGGAACAAGUGAAUUCCAACUCAAGGUCUAGUCAAGGCAGGAACGGAAGUCAACUUGGAGUCAACGGUAAGCACCGUAACCGGAAUCGCUUGACAACGACGACUACAACCAGAGCAACUACAACAGCUCACGAAGAUCUUUCUGUGCUUGAACAAGAGCUUACUUCAAGCACUUCACCAAAAACCGUCCUUGAAAUGACAGAGGACGUCCUCAGAUCUAUCGCUAGCUCGACUACCGUAGGUUAUCAACAGUCAUCUAGUCCAUUUGCAUCCUUCGCAGAAAUCGACAAGACUUCCCCUAGUAGCACGGCGUCCUUCUCAAUUUCAACGGAAGCUUCUGGGUUUGAAGAACCCGAUUCUACAACAAUGGAUCUAUCCGUAGAGGUCGAUGAAAGUUCCUUCGAGGUGAACACUACGUCAUCGACAACCACCCCAACGACCACGGUGGCCAACGACAUAUUCAGCGUCAACGCCAUCACGCAAAACCAGAUUCCGGUAGUGAAGCAUGACGCCACCCUACCAGCGGCCGAGUGCUACUGCGAGCCGGAAGUCGAUGGACCCCUACCGGACGAGCAGGACUUGGCCCGAGCUACACGGCGCCGUUUGAAGGAGGAACGUCAACGGAAGAAGGAACGCAAACGCCAUCGGAAGGCCAAACUGGAAAAGGAAUGCCUCUCGGAGCGGAUGAACUGCUUCAGUCACGAUGCGAACCAUUGGCGGACGGCUCCGAUGUGGGACGACAAACCGUUCUGUUUCUGCAUGAAUGCCAACAAUAAUACGUACUCCUGUCUGCGGACGAUCAACCAGACGCACAACUUCCUGUAUUGUGAGUUCACGACCGGGUUGGUAACGUAUUACAAUCUGAGAACCGAUCCCUUCGAGACGCAGAACCGGGAAUCGACGCUUACCCCCGAAGAAAAAGUGGUUCUGCACGAAACCCUGGAGUAUAUGAAGGGAUGCCGUGGUAAAAGCUGCACGCUGCCGAGGCACCACAGCGGAGGUAUUGGAGGUGCAGCAAAUGGUGCUGGUGGUCAACCGGACAGUGGUUCGGUUGUGCCAGUUGGUGGAAGAGUGCCGGGGUCCUUUGGAAAUGGCGGCAGUGGCAAGCGGAAGCACCAUAGGGAUCCAUUAGGAGCUGCCGGAGGAAACAUUCCUGUGCACUUCUCAGAUUUUGAUGCCCUACAAAAUGGCACGCCAAAGAAAAAGAUCAAAUGGAACAAACAGAAGCAGCACUGGCAACAGCAACAGCACCAGCAGCAACAACAUUCACGAGGUGGUGCGGCCAUCGGUGGUUCCAGCCGACACCAGUUCCGUGGUCCAGCAGAUCAGUUUCCUAGUCAGAGCAACGAAUUCCACGGGGGCCCCAAACGAAACCGCACCAGUCGACGACGCAAUUGGAUAAGCACAAUCUAAAAGGCAGCGGGACGUCCUCUAUGAAUGUUGUGGCUUUUUUGCGGGACCCGCUCAUUAGUUGAGUAAUCUCAAAGUGUCCAUUUGAAACGCCCCCCCAGUUAAUUCGCCCAGACAGCAAGUGAACGACUGAUGUACAUUUUAUUCGUUGUAUUCUGUGUUUAUAAGUUUUUUUUUACAACAAGCUGUUCAAGUAGGAUCAUUUUUUAAAAUUUAGGUUAUACUGUUCAACAAAUUAUCUGUAAUCUCUACUCCUUGAUUCUUCGCAAACGUACUACUUAUAGGACUGGAGUAUGGAUAGAGCGCUACUGGCUUGCUAGAGACUAGGUCACUGCCAUUCCCCUCCCCAGUUGUUUUUCUAUACAUAUACGCUUAGGAAGUGAGCAGCUCCAACAAGGAUUAGCUACCGUGCGUUGGGUGUGGUACUAAUCAGUAAUUAAUGCAUUUCGUUGAAGAGGCUGUUUUUAUGCCAAAAAUCAGAUCUGUUUGGUUGCUUUACAUUUGAAAGUAAAUGUUGAAAAUAGUUGCACAAAAAGCUCUUAGUAUUCAAUCAAUUGGGCAGUCAAGCGAAGGUGGACAUAUUGCUAGUAAUAACCAUGAGUAUUUAUUAUAAAGUAAAACAUUUCUUAAGAAGCAAUCAUGUAUUAUAAAAACAAAAACUCGUAACAGUUACAAUGCGAAGGUUGUGCGCAUGCUAUAAGUUAGUUGAGGUUUGUAUGUAGACUCGUUUUUUGUAGAAUUGCAACGCAAGCGUCCGGAAUUGGACGUUGCCACCAAAAGUAGCACAAAACUGGAACAGAAUGAUAACUAAUUCAAAGUCGACAUGGAAUGUGCUGCGAUGGCAGGAUCAGUUUCGCAUUUUGAACAACAGCAGGUGCAGCUGUUUUUUUUUUUUUAUUUCUACUUGCAAAAGAUACAAUGCAAACGGAUUACCGCAUACGAUCAAUAGAAGGGAACAGUAGAGCUGUUCUGGUUGCUUCAACGAUUAUAUGAAUACAUCUGUAGAUUCACUAGCUCA